CUUGAGCCAAGCCACCGAAUCCGAGUCGGAGCGUUCCGGCGCUUAAUUGCACUUCUUCGAUAACGUCUUCGGGCCUCAUGCAGUGUUUUAUAUGUACUCAAGAAGUUGCUUGUGUACCACGACCAUGUAUCGCCUCUGAACCCUUACGACGCUCCUCGGAACCUGCUUUUUGCCAUUGAUAUAUCACGAACCUCACGAAUGGCUAUGCCAAUUGUACAGUGGAUUCGCACGCUCUUGCGGUUGCUCUUGUCUUCAAGACUUGUACGGCACUCUGCGCACGGCCUCUUACGCUUAUGGCACUUUCUUAAGGACUGCUACACACGGACAACACAGGAUGGCCGUUCAGAUUUCGGAGGAGAGGGUUCCUGUCGAGGGCGGCGGUUGACUUUGGACGGCAGACUUGGUGAGAGCGAACCUAGUGUCGUCUACGCGAGUAGGGAGCCCGUCUCGUUCCCUGCUGGGUACUUGGAGCAGGCGCGAAACUCGAUGUAUCUUAGUGCGGAGGGCAGUCGCCCCAACAGUCGACCUGCAAGUCGACCAUCGUCGGCCUUGUUCCACCACUCGCAGAAGGGCAGCGAAGAGGACAUCACAUAUCCCAUCUCCGUUCAAACCGCCUCACAACCCUCUCGCAAUAGCUCCCAGGUAUCCUUUGAAUCCCACCAGUAUCGUCCACGCGCUAGUAUAUACAGCGAACACCUUGCAGCGCCGUCGUCUCGGCCGUCUUCUCGUGCCUCGGUGCGCGCCACAGACCACCGUCUCUCCGGGAUAGUCACUGUUGCGGACGCACAUCGUCGGAGAGGGAGAUCUAGGUCCCGGGCGCGGUCCCAAGUACGCGCUCCUGCAGGCUCGCAUCCGCGCCCCGAGUCCGUUCUCUCUGUGCAUGGUGACAAAGCCUCCGUCCAUAGUCGGUCCAAUGUCGCGUCGCCAGCCAGGCCAUCUCAACACCUACCCAACACGCAUCCCCGCAGGUCGCAGAAAAUAUACCCAACCCUUCAAACACGUAGAUAUGAAAAAGGGUGAAGCUGUGGGUAAUUACCCGUCGUAGCUGGUUUCCACACUGAUGCGAUCAUGUUCACAGUGAGGAGUGCCCCUUUGAAUUUGUUGUCGAACCUAUGCAGACUACCUAUCCCCUGUACGUACAGUCCCAUUGAACGCCCCUGGGUACCUGGAUUCACAUGCUAUCCAGGGAACACGUACCUGUGGGCUGGGAAGGUCAUACACACCCCGAAGGUGCUUUGUACUUCUAUAACAAGGACCGAAAAACAUAUACCGAGGCGUGGCUCUGCGAUCCCGA